AUGGCGUCGCGCAAGGAGCAGUUAGAGGUAGAGGAGCAGUUAGAGGAGCAGGUAGAGGAGCAGGUAGAGGAGCAGUUAGAGGAGCAGAUAGAGGAGCAGUUAGAGGUAGAGGAGCAGAUAGAGGAGCAGUUAGAGGAGCAGGUAGAGGAGCAGUUAGAGGAGCAGGUAGAGGAGCAGGUAGAGGAGCAGUUAGAGGAGCAGAUAGAGGAGCAGAUAGAGGUAGAGGAGCAGUUAGAGGAGCAGGUAGAGGAGCAGUUAGAGGUAGAGGAGCAGUUAGAGGAGCAGGUAGAGGAGCAGUUAGAGUUAGAGGAGCAGAUAGAGGAGCAGUUAGAGUUAGAGGAGCAGUUAGAGGAGCAGUUAGAGGUAGAGGAGCAGAUAGAGGAGCAGUUAGAGGAGCAGAUAGAGAAGCAGAUAGAGGAGCAGUUAGCGGUAGAGGAGCAGUUAGAGGAGCAGUUAGAGGUAGAGGAGCAGUUAGAGGUAGAGGAGCAGGUAGAAGAGCAGAUAGAGGAGCAGUUAGAGGUAGAGGAGCAGUUAGAGGUAGAGGAGCAGGUAGAGGGGCAGUUAGAGGAGCAGUUAGCGGUAGAGGAGCAGUUAGAGGAGCAGAUAGAGGUAGAGGAGCAGGUAGAAGAGCAGAUAGAGGAGCAGUUAGAGGUAGAGGAGCAGUUAGAGGUAGAGGAGCAGGUAGAGGGGCAGUUAGAGGAGCAGAUAGAGGAGCAGGUAGAGGUAGAGGAGCAGAUAGAGGAGCAGUUAGAGGUAGAGGAGCAGAUAGAGGAGCAGUUAGAGUUAGAGGAGCAGUUAGAGGAGCAGAUAGAGAAGCAGAUAGAGGAGCAGUUAGCGGUAGAGGAGCAGGUAGAAGAGCAGAUAGAGGAGCAGUUAGAGGUAGAGGAGCAGUUAGAGGAGCAGAUAGAGGAGCAGUUAGCGGUAGAGGAGCAGUUAGAGGUAGAGGAGCAGGUAGAGGUAGAGGAGCAGGUAGAGGAGCAGGUAGAGGUAGAGGAGCAGUUAGAGGAGCAGAUAGAGGAGCAGUUAGCGGUAGAGGAGCAGUUAGAGGUAGAGGAGCAGUUAGAGGAGCAGGUAGAAGAGCAGAUAGAGGAGCAGUUAGAGGAGCAGGUAGAAGAGCAGAGCUGGGAGCUGAGCGGGACAUCAACAGUCCUGAUGAAUGGCAGCAGGCCCGUGGUGGAGGUGGUCCGUCUGGGCCUGGUCUCCUACCAGGAGGCUCUGCGGCUGCAGCAGGUCUAUGUAAACCGCCACAGGUCUGGUCCGGCUCACGCUUUGCUGCUCUGCCAGCACCCGCCCGUCUAUACCACCGGGAUCCGCCAUAAACCUUACCCCGCCCACCUGCUGGACCGUCUGCACCUGCUGGGGGCUGACGUCCACCGCACCAACCGAGGAGGACUCAUCACCUUCCAUGGGCCGGGACAACUGGUCUGCUACCCGGUCCUCAAUCUGAGCUGCUUCAAGAAGAGUGUUCGCUGGUACGUCUGUGAGCUGGAGAAGACCAUCAUCUCCCUUUGCAGCCAUUUCGGCCUUGAAGCAUCUACGUCUCCUCACACCGGCGUCUGGAUCGGAGACAACAAGAUCUGCGCUAUCGGAAUCCACUGCGGUCAAUACGUCACCUCUCACGGCUUGGCUCUGAACUGUAACACCGACAUGUCGUGGUUCAGCCACAUCGUGCCGUGUGGUAUCGAAGGUAAAGGAGUGACAUCACUGAGCGCUGAGCUGCAGAGAGACGUCAGUGUGGAGGAAACUGUCCCUCACCUGCUGGACGCCUUCAGAGACCAGUUCAACUGUCAGCUGACAGACGGACGCAGAGCGGACGAUCGUCAGAAUACAAACUGACUUUGUUAUAAAAUAUGACAGAAGUUGUUUCGAUCAGUUCAGGUUGUGUUCAGUGCGAUCUGUGGUGUGUCCCUCACUAAGAAGGCUGUUAAACUACUUUGUUAUUUACUGAUAACAUUUUCAAAAAAAAGCUCUGAAGUUGUACUUUGAAAUGACCUUAUUUUUUUAUUUAAGAUCCAGUCAGGUUAUGUUUCUAGUUAAAGUUACGAGGCUGAGCUAAAAUUCAGGGUCAAUUAAUGGAACAUGUAUUUGGUCUAUUAAAGGGUUUUCAAUUCAUUUUCUAACAGAUAAAACAAGAGGAAAACAAAAUAAAGGCCUUUAACGUUCCAGAUAAGAGUCCAGUACACUUGAAGCCUCUAAAACAGGACCGAACACAUCACAAAAAUACCCCAUAAUACAAUCCAUUAAAUUACCCUGAUUACAUCAUCACGAAUGGCUGAAAUGAAUGUGUUUAAAGGUAGAAGUUAAGUCAGUGACGACAACCAAAGAGUGAACUACUGACACCGCUCUGCCUCAGUUUUACAUUUCUGUUUCUGUUCAGUGAACAACAUUUUAAUCUGAUGCUAGGUGGUUAGCAUGCUAACUACAGUACAUGUAUAUCAUAAUGUCAAAACUGUUUUGUUUUCACAUUUUGAUAAUGAUUUUGAUUAAAUUUGUUCUCAACUAAAAACUACAUAAGUGUACCUUUAAUAAUAAUAAUAAUACAAAAAAGAUGCUUAGA